AUGCCCAACCCCAAAAACAGCAAAGGUGGCCGCAAAAACAAGCGCGCCAACAGCAGCGGGGACGAGCAGGAAAAUGGAGCCGGGGCCCUGGCAGCGGCGGGCGCGGCGGGCGCGGCGGCCGGGGGGGGCCUGGCGGCGGCGGCCGGCUGCGGAGCGCCGGCGGCGGGAGCGCCGGGCACCGGGGGUGCGGCGGGCACCGGAGGCGCGGGGACUGGCACCGCCAACGCCGCGGCCGCCGCGGGGGCUGCAGCCGCGGGUGACGCCAAGAACGAAGCCCCUUGUGCCACGCCCCUGCUCUGCAGUUUCGGGAGGCCGGUGGACCUAGACAAGGACGACUACCAGAAGGUGGUGUGCAACAACGAGCACUGCCCCUGCAGCACCUGGAUGCACCUGCAGUGCUUCUACGAGUGGGAGAGCAGCAUCCUGGUCCAGUUUAACUGCAUCGGCCGUGCCCGCAGCUGGAACGAGAAGCAGUGCCGCCAAAACAUGUGGACGAAGAAGGGCUACGACCUGGCCUUCCGCUUCUGCUCCUGCCGCUGUGGACAGGGCCACUUAAAGAAGGACACGGACUGGUACCAGGUGAAGCGGAUGCAGGACGAAAAAAAGAAGAAGUCUGGCUCGGAGAAGAACACCGGCAGGCCCUCUGGCGAAGCGGGGGAGGAGGCCAAAAAGGGCCGGCCACCCAGCAAGCCGCAGAAAGGCCUGAGCCAUGACCCGCCCCGGCGGCACUCCAUGGACCGGCAGAACUCCCAGGAGAAGGCAGUGGGCGCGGCGGCGGCGGCGGCGGCCUACGGGGCCCGCUCCCCCUGCGCCUCCCCGGGCCAGUCCCCGCCCACUGGCUAUUCCAUCCUCUCCCCUGCCCACUUCAGCGGCCCCCGCUCCUCCAGAUACCUCGGGGAAUUCCUGAAGAAUGCCAUCCAUUUGGAGCCUCACAAAAAGGCCAUGGCCGGGGGCCACGUGUUCCGGAAUACCCACUUUGAUUACAGUCCGGCUGGGUUAUCGGGGCACAGGGGGGGCCACUUCGAUGCGCCCGUGCAGUUCCUGCGGCGCCUCGACCUGUCCGAGCUGCUCACUCACAUCCCCAGGCAUAAGUUGAACACUUUCCACGUGCGGAUGGAGGACGAUGCCCAGAUGGGCCAGGGCGAGGAUCUGCGCAAGUUCAUUCUUGCGGCCCUCAGUGCCAGCCACAGGAAUGUUGUAAACUGUGCCCUGUGUCACCGGGCGCUCCCGGUGUUCGAACAGUUCCCUCUGGUGGACGGAACUCUGUUCUUAAGCCCGUCGAGACACGACGAGAUCGAAUAUGAUGUUCCAUGUCAUCUUCAAGGGAGGCUCAUGCACCUGUACGCCGUGUGCGUGGACUGCCUGGAAGGGGUUCACAAGAUCAUCUGCAUCAAGUGUAAGUCCCGGUGGGACGGCAGCUGGCACCAGCUGGGCACCAUGUACACCUACGACAUCCUGGCUGCCUCUCCGUGCUGUCAGGCCCGCCUGAACUGUAAGCACUGUGGGAAGCCUGUGAUAGACGUGCGGAUCGGGAUGCAGUACUUCUCCGAGUACAGCAAUGUCCAGCAGUGUCCGCACUGUGGGAACCUGGACUACCAUUUCGUGAAGCCAUUUUCCUCCUUCAAAGUUCUUGAAGCUUAUUGAUGAAAGCUUUGCUUUAGUAAUAGCUAUUUUAUUGACUUUAUUUCUUUAUUACAUAUCUUUUAUAGGGAAACAUUCUGUGACAUGACUUUCUUUUCUAAUUUAAAGGAGAGUUCCUUUGUGUAUGUGUGCCACUAAAAUGGUUUUGGCCCCUUGCCCUCACUUGACUCCUGAGUGUUAGUCUGUGGUCCUGACCAGAGCUCAAAUGGAUAAUCCUGUGAGUCUGGGGUAGCGGUUCACUAUCACUAAGAGUCUCUCAUGCAGCUUUUAAGGUGGUGGGGAGGAUAGGGUGAAUUUAGUAAAGGGAUGAUAUGGUUAUCAACUAAAAGCAUGGUGGGAGUUGGAGGGAACCUCUUAUUAAAAUGUUACCUGUC